AUGAUAGUAAGGAGUCAGUAGUGAGUGAGACGUGAUGAAGGGAGGGUGUUGACGCCUGGCUCCGCUCUCUCUAUACACUUUGUGUCCCACCAGCGUCAUGUGGGGUGGUGGUAGUGUUGUGGUAGUUGUGGUGGUUGUGGUAGGAGGGGCAGGAGCCGUGUGGUCGGGCGGCACCAUCACCAGCAGCGUGGUGUACGACGAGGCGGCCUCGCCUUACCUGGUCACGGAGGACAUCACCAUCAUGCCAGGAGCCAGACUCACCAUCCGGCCUGGCGUCACUGUCCAGUUCGACCCCGGCGUCGGCCUCACUGUCAGGGGCGUCCUCGAGGCCCAGGGAACGCCCACCAAGCGUGUGCUGUUGACGAGCAGCCAGCCGCCCACGGCCGCCCACGCCUCACCCGCCCUCAGGCUGGUGGACGGCCCCACGCCCCUGCAGGGCAGACUCCAGAUAUUCUACAAAGACAAGUGGCGCUCAAUAUGCACCAACUCGCGCAAUUGGACAGCGGAGGACAUGAGCGUGGCGUGCCGGGAGCUGGGGUACACGGGCGGCAAGUACUGGGAGUGGCAGGACCGGGCCAACAACGACACCACCUCCCUCCUCUACGAGGCGCCCCACUGUACCGGCCACGAGGACACCAUCACCAAGUGUGCCUGGCACACACACGCCAUGGGCGGCGGCGUCUGUGACAUGCACCCAGACCUGGGCGUGGACUGCGACGGGUACCACGCCCUCUGGCGAGGCACCAACCACUGGCGAGGCAUCACUUUCCAAGACGCUGAGUACGAGGGUCAACUCUUCCAGGAAAACACGCUCUACCAGAAGGUGUCGAAGUCAGUAUUGAGUUACGUGGACGUGGAGUUCGCUGGCAUGGGACCCCGGCGGGAGGUCGUGUCCGCCCUGAUGACCCGCCAAGUGCCGCCCAGGAUCACUAACCUUACCGUCACCUCCAGCGCCUCCAGUGGCCUCAACUUCACCUUACCUGGCACCUUCGUCCAUCUCUCAGCUUCUACUAUCACCGGAAACAGCGGUUACGGGGUGUACGUCAAUACGUCAACUGGGUCCGUCCUGAUAGACAAGUCAACAGUAGUGAAGAACAACGAUGCUGAUGGCGUCAAGUACAACUUCCACCACCGGGAACCCGAUCGUUCGGCGUCGGACGCCUUCCAAGACUUCUGUGCCGGAGCCUCCAACCCGAGCCAGGCUUACCCUGUUGUCACUGUGGCCACCCAGGACAGAUAUUCCUUCAAUGACCUUUCCUGUGUUAGGUCGUUCUACACGAGGAAAACCAACUUCGUAUUCACCGUUCACUUCUCCUACAUGCAGGCAGAGAGCGACGGUGCUGCUACUGUGGAAGUCAGGGAUCGUGACCAGUGGGGUGACAUUCUGACCAGGUUUGAGCUGAGGAACCACACCUUCCCGCCCUCCGUGGUGUCACGUGGGAACAGCAUCUGGAUCAAGUUUACGGCAAAGUCCCAAAAACUCUCCUUCAUAUUCAUGGAGGUGGUGGCUAGUAAAUAUAAAAUGUUUGAUCUGAGGCUUGAGAAUUCAUGGGUAGGCAACAACAGUGGCAAUGGCGUUGCAAUUGAAAACAUGCGAAGUCUCGUGCAUAUUCACCAAUCAAACUUGACACACAACUUUUUUGGCUCGGGUCUUAACGUGAAAAUGGGUGCUGGAGACGUGAAUGUGACUCAUUCAACUAUCAGUAAGAAUGUUGGAGACGGUGUAAACAUUACUUAUGAAGGAGGUCUCCAGAACGUUACCUGGAGCAGUGUUACAGACAACACACUCCGAGGAGUUGCUGUUUGGUUUAAUGAAACUGGACUAGACACUAAAAUAAAGCAAGAGACUGGUGUGGCUUAUUCCUAUUUUAGGGGGAAUUUAGAUGUUGGUCUGCGAAUAGGAAAUUUUUGCCGCAAUAGUUUUGUGAACAUCAGCACCAACACAUUUACAGAUGGCCGGAGAGCAGCUGUAGAGAUUGAGUCGUGCUGGCAUAGAAAUGGUGGGAAGCGAGUUGUUCAAAUUGGUCAAAAUUUGUUCCAGAGAAAUCAUCGGCUAGCAGUGAAGAUAUCUCCAGCUGUUAACAUGAACCUGACUAUUGAAUACAAUGAGUUCCGACAAAACUACAAAGGUACGAUCAUGAUAUACAACGAGGACAAAGUAGAGCUGCCAAGUUUACCAUUUGUAGGGAAUAUUAUAAGAAAUCACUUCAGAGACAACAUCGGUUGGUUUGUCCUUCGUCUUGCACUAUCACUACGUGGACUUGAUCAAAACCUUCUUGUAGAAAAAAAUACAAUAAAAAACAAUUUUGUCCAAGAGCUGUACAGCAACAUUCAAUCGAGAAGUGGUGCGGCGGGAGUUGUGUGUGUGGGCUCUUCUAAUAUCGUACUUUACAGGAAUUUAAUUGAAAACCCUGGUUCCACUUAUGAAAUUAGUUCACAUAUGACUGACCAGAGCACACCAAUCAAUGCUUCUUACAACUGGCUCGGUAGCAAGUUUGAAAAGGAUAUAUUUGAGCGUAUUUUGGAUCGUCGUGAUCUAUACAACCUCGCGUUAGUGUUGUUUCACCCUUUCCUCUUGAGUAACAACAAUGUCGAGACCCCCGUCACAGAAGCUGGACAAGUCAGUGAACCAAAUUUUUUUGAUCCAAUUAACAGUCAUAUCAUUGGCGGGGAAGUGAAUGGUGAAAUAACACUGCAUGAUGGUAUUUACAGUGUUACACGGGAUAUAUAUGUCCACGAAACUGGUAUCUUGACAAUUGCUUUUGGCACCACGCUGGAGUUUGCUGAGGGUACAGGCAUGAUGGUGGCCGGACUCCUACGCACUGAAGGCUCUGGGAAACGUGAUGUGCGCUUCACCCUUCAAGGUACUUCGGAAAGAGAAGCAAUGUCAAGAGCGGCACUCCAAGCAGAACAAAGUGUUGUUAUGCUCAAUGCAACAGAAAACGGUAAUGCAACAGCUGGCACGCAUCAGAAUGUAACCGAAGGUCCAGACAUCUACAUCAAGCUUCUGGGUGGCAGGAAUGAUCUUGAAGGAAGGCUCAUGCGCUGCAGAUAGACUUCCACCACCAUGUGAUACAAGAUAUUGAAGUCCGGGACAACUCCCAUGAUGGUGUAGGUGUCAUAUACAGUAACCAGUAUGCUAUUGCCAACCCCGACGCUCGUGUCUUCAAGGGCUGCUCCUUUACUGGUAAUAAAAGACACGGCCUAAGUCUGAAGCAGAUGGGAGUCAACAUAUCUCAGUCUGAUCUACAUGGAAAUGAUGGUUCUGGGCUACAUUUCAACCCAUUUUUAUCUCGUGCUGACCAAAGGGAACUGACAGGCUGGCUAAAAUUACUGGAAGAUAAAUACAUAAAAAUUCCAGAACAAGAAAAACAUGGAACCUUACAAAAGAACUGCAAGGCCCAUGUCUGCACUAGAACAGCACUGUCACUCAGAAAUUUGAAUCAAGUCAUUUUUCAGACAUCACACUCCAACGUGAUCGGGAUCCAGGUUCUGAACCCCAUCGUACCCGAGAGCACUGAGGAAAUAGUGAUAUAUGAUUACCAGAAAAUUAUACAGAGUCAGGAUAUUUCUCGCUGGGAUCUGCGAAGAGAUCAGGUGGCCUUCCCAACAACUUCAAACAGCUAUGCCAUGACUAUUGAGUAUAGCUCUGGGUCCUAUGCUCUGGGAAAUGUUAUUUUUGUCCUCACUGCUGUUGAUAGAAGAGACAUUGCCCAGGCAGGAGACCUACGAAACUUUCGUGCCAAAUGGCCUACCGUGUACAUUGACAAAACUCAGAUUCGGGAAAAUGAUAUUGGCAUCUCGACUCUUCAUUAUAACAGAUACCUAACAAAUGACGGAGACCAUCUUUUGCGAUGCGCCAACGAGAGCAUGAUGGUGGUUAACUCUGAGAUCACCAAGAACCAGAAUCAGGCGGUGUUUACACUCUCGCCUUACAGAGUCAGAAUGGAUAAUGAUGACAUCGGAGAGAUAACGUUCAUGUUUAAUGGCACCACUAUCUCGGGCAAUGGCAGAGGCAUCGAUCAGUACAGCUGGGAUGUUCGUGAGUCCAACAACCUCUUCCAUUGGGUGCUGGAGGAUACAAUAAUGGAAAAUAAUGGAGGUGGCGGCGUUGUGCUAAUGCUGCCGUAUGUUUGGCAAUACACGGAAAACUUCACUCAUUCUAUUUAUGUGAAUUCGUCAACCUUUAUGAAUAAUGCUCAGUUCCAGUUCAAGGUGGAUGGGCACUUUGCUCGUGUAAACAUUACAUAUUCAAAAUUUGAAAAAAACACUUGUCAGCAAGGUCUUUUGCUACUGAAGGGCAUGGAAAAAGAAAUGUUUAUAUAUGAAAACCUGUUUGUCUCAAACGUCGGCUCAAAUGUUGUGGAGUUUGAUACCGACAGUCAAAGUGGCAUCCUUGGAGUUGUAAAAGCUUAUUUUGAAUACAACAGAGUUCAAGGAAACAGUCAUGCAGUUCAGCUCAGGAGCAGUGCGUCUCGAGCCUCCCAGCCGGCCAGCUACACUAUAGCCGUCCGGGGACUUCAGAAAAUCAAUAUAACUCACAACCAAUUUGGAUCCAAUGAAAUGGACUAUGAAUUAUUAGCAGGGCUAUUUACCAGCAGGAUUGAUAAUUAUCUCAAUGUUGAAGCUAAUUGGUGGGGUUCUCGUGACCCUAAGGUGAUUGAAGAACGCAUCUUUGACUUCGAUGACUGGAACAAUUUUGCCCUUGCUGACUAUCUUCCAUACCUCACAGAAGACAGUCUUUCUGCACCUGUGUCAUCAUUGGCUUCUUCUAUGAAAGAAAAAACAAUGGAUACGAGUUCCCUCGGUGGCCGACUUCUACACGAUUUACGAUUACCCAAACGCGCCGAGCCGUACGUAAUCAAAUCAGACUUGACUGUUAUGCCAGGAGUGACAUUGGUAAUAGAAGCAGGUGCUAUACUGGAAUUCUUCCCAAGUGUUGGCAUGCUCAUCUUGGGUCGUCUUGAAGCCGUGGGUCGUAGAAACAACCGCAUCAUUAUGCGACCGAUUGAUACCUCUUCUGCAACACACUAUAGAGUUGGACGACAAAUCAAAUCAUCCUUAGACUCCGUUAGGUUAUGUGUGGAAGGAAAUUGUGAUGGAAGGAGAGACGGCUUCUUGGACAUCUUUAAUGGUACAACAAAGCAGUGGGUGCCUAUCUGUGACGAUAGGUUCAGUGAGCGUAACGCCCAGGUAGUGUGCCAACAGUUAGGCUACAACACCAUCAACACCUUCUAUGGCCGUAGUAAAAGAACCGAGAUGUUCCCAAAUGCUCUCACCCGUAUUCGAUCGUGGCCAGACCCUAUUCAGUGUGAUGGCACGGAGGCAGGUCUUGACGAGUGUGCUCUUCGGAUGAAUGGCCAGAUCUUCAACCACACCUAUGACUGUGCCUGGAAUGGUGACUUUGUUUAUAUCUCUUGUGGAGAUCUCAAUUUAGAGAAUGAGAACCAAGAAUACUGGGGUGGUAUAAGGUUUUCAAUCCCUAAUUUUGAGCACAUGGAUGUGUACAAGAGGAUUCACAGCGCAAACAAUCUGGAACAUGCACACACGCACCCUCAGGUGCAUGGUUCCUCACACUCUACUGUAUUUAUGUCUGUGAUGGAAUGGGUCGAGGUUGUUGGAGCAGGCAUACUUCACAAUGACAAGUCUCCAUCAAUCCUUUCUUUCCACGAAACACCAAAACUAAGAGGAGUUACCAUAAGGAAUUCUGCUUAUGAUGGUCUGUCAAUUGUCUCGGCCUCGGAUGGAUUUGAUAUGCUGUACAACAAAUUUGAAAAUAACCUUGGUGUUGGAGUGACACUUAUGGGUCUGACUGGGGAGACGCGCGAGUCUGAGGAGUCAUCAUUCUUCCCCCUCAGUCACUUGCGUCUUCCAUACCACAUGUUCGGGAUGGUAGAUGUCUGUGACUCAACCAAGGAACUCAGGAUUGAGGAAAGAAUUAUUGUCUAUUUCAAAUAUGACAAUCGGCCUGUGGACUGUGUCAAGAUAUUUUCUUCGGUGUUUAAUGUUAAAAAUUUUGGAUUCAGGCUUCUUCAGUUCAACCUCUACAACUCCACUCUGGACUCUGUUGUAAGAGACAGAAUUAUCUUGUAUGAUGGUGACAUAUACAACUAUACAACCGUGGAGUUUGCCGAGAUUCAUGUGAACAGCGGCAACCAUAUGCGGUUUUUUAAAACUGAAGGAACAAGUUUAUCGCUGGAGCUGCACGCUACCGGAGCUUCUGGCGACCUUGGCUUUGUUGCUGAAAUUGUCACACUUCCCAUAUCAGAUCUUGGCAUCAAUCGCAAUAUUCUACACAACUUUACCUACAACGAAUAUUAUGACAACGUUGAGGGUGCGUUCUUCACUGCCACCGCAGGCGAGGUGAAUCCCUGGAUGUGCUUGUCGUACAGCCGCAUAGAAAACAACGGAAGGCAACUCUAUGGGAAUUUCACCACCACUAGAGCAGCAGUGUAUCUAGAUCUGCAGAAUAUGCAGGAUAUUUAUUUCAAGAAUAAUUUAGUGCGCAACAAUACUGGAGGUGUUUACAUCAUGGCUGGAUCUAUGGGUGCUGCUACCAAACUACAAGCCAAUGUCACCAACAACCUGUUCGAAGAAACACUUCACUGGCCGUCCUUAUAUAUAGCCACCAGGGAAAACUCAGCGUAUCAACAUGCGCUCAUUGCUUACAAUGACUUCAGUUGGUCGUAUUCACCGUACCAUGAUGUCAUCACUUUAGCUCAGGUGGUAUCCGAGUUCACUCAUAAUUACGUACAUAGUAAUAUUGGCCGACACAUUUUGGAUAUUUACGGGUUUCAAAAAGUUCGUCUUCCUGUAUACCAAACUACAUCUCACAACAGUCUUGCCAAGAACCUGGCGGUAGACCCGACCUACCAGGGCACCAUCAUAGCGGGCAGCGCCGGCCAGCAGUUUGUGGAAAAUGUUUUCUACAAUUGGGACAACGCUUAUGAACUUGUUGCUGUUAAUGAGUCUAUACGCUGCAACAUUUCCACGGAAUGCUCGCAAGUGGAUAUCUACGAUGACUUGGUCGAUGAGAGAUCAGAUGUGUGGAAAACUCCGAUUGAUGCCCAGAACAACUGGUGGGGCUUUAAUACCUCAGUUGCUGUGUCUGGCCGGAUCCACGAUAAAACGGACGACGACACUCUCCUUCGUGUUGACUACAGUCAGUGGAAGCUAAAUAACUACUCAUUGCUACAAGGAUGUGAGCCUGGCUACACGAGAAUUGGCGAUGCUUGUUAUCUUUACGUUGGUGCUCCAGUCACACACGAAGAAGCUAAGGCAUUCUGCAAGAAGGACAAUGCUUCUCUGCCCUUCCUACAGAAGUGGUACUGGGAAGUACAGUACUGGCUGUUUGACCAGCAACCUGAGUACUUAUGGGAGUAUGACAUGGUGUGGGUGCAGCACUUAGAUGUCAUCAGUGGAUGUGCAGCCUUUGUCUACAGACAAGUUCGUUCCGUUGACUGUAACCUCAAUCUUCCCUUCAUCUGUGAAUCAGACCCCGACAAAACAAUUGACAAAUUCGCCUGGACCUCUGACCCAUUGGCUGUGGCGGCCAUAACUGUUACUUUUGGCUGCUUGAUCCUCGUAGCUGCAUGUGUCUCGUGCUGGGUUUGUAAAUCACGAGAACGGCGCAAGGAACGCAUAAUGCGAAGAAACUCCAUUCGUGCAUCCAUUCGUUCUAACAGAUCUGCCAUGUCAACUGCCAGUGGUAGCUUCAGUGAUAUUGGUCACACAAGAAUCAUUGAGGACCCACAGAGAGCAAUACCGAUGAAGGGUGGAGGCUCGAUGGGAGGAGCAGCACGGAUGAACGGUCUCCAUGGGUCGUUCGACUCUAUAUCCAAAUCUAACUUCAACUCGUCCUUGGAUGAUGACCCAAGCUUUGUUGUUUACGAGGAAACGACUCAGUCGCCCCCUGGGUACACGUCGGAACUUGACAACAGAUUCUCUGCUGACCCUAAUCUGGAAAAUGCCAAUGUGAACGAACUAGUACACCCUAGCUUUAAUAUGACCUUUCACAAUCACGGAUAUAGGGACAACUCCACCUUUGCCUCCCGAGAAAAUAAUACCUUCAACGCUGAAGCUCCCUCACAGCAGUGGAAUGGUUCACACAAUAACAUCCCACCCUCCAGUUAUGGCCAACCUACUUUCUCUACUUAUGGCCAUACCCCACGCCAGCCUCCAAGAGGUCAACAGUACUUGCCACUGCCACGCCCACCUGGGGCACGACCCCUACCACAGCUUCCAUGGCAGGGCUCUCAUCUUCCAAGCAACUUGGACAGAUUCAACAAUCCCUACAUGCACAGCUUUGGCCGACCCCAGUCCUUACACGGUACGACCUCAAGUUACAAAAACGAGUCUCUCCGUGGGUCCAAUCCACAGUUAGCGGCAAGCAGUGUUGCCACCGACUCAACUCUAGAGAUGAAGAAGGAGUUAGACUUGGCAAGGGACACUCAAGACCCGCACCUUACUGCAACUUUGCCCAGGGAUCAAGCGCCACCUUUUCAUUACGUUUCUGCAGAUGUUCUGUCAGGCAGACAGUCGAACACUCCUUCAGAAGAUUCUCAAGAUUACUUUUCUCAAGGUCGAUCACAGAGCCAACCCUUGGAGACAGCCAUGUAAGAAUUGUUGAUAUUUGUCUUUAUUGGUAAUUAAUGCAGCACAAGCAACAGAGGCUGACUAUUCUACAGUAACAAAUGGAGCAGAACAAUGAGGGGUUUAAAUAAUACUGUAGUGCCACGUAAGAAUACAUAUGCUUAGUGUGAAGCAAACUAUCCAGUGUGAGCAUUGUUGCAUCCCUUGUAGGAAGUGAUACCUGGUUGAUAAAAGUGGAGGACCUGCAGUGACUGUUACUUGUAGCUUAGCAUUACUUGAUGUACUGAGAGAUCUGUGCAACUGCACGAGACCCAAAGCCAUUUGAGAAUGUGUUACUGUGUGUGCUAGAGAUGACUUGAGGCAAUUCUCAAGCAGUAACUAAAUGGUUUAUAUGAGUCAACUAACUUACCAGGUCAAAACACUUAUAAAGUACUGUAUAUGGCAAUGGCUUUCACAGUAUCACACACACUAGAUAAAUGUUAACAAAUAUUAUGAAAUAGCAUUUGCAAAAAAAUUUUCUUUUAUCAGUGCAGUAACUCGGUUUUUCUUUUUUAAAUUAACUACUGAAGUUCUUUUGAAUUAAAAGUAAACCUGCAGAUGAUCUUUGAGUAUUUAGAAAAUAUAUAAUUAUGACAAAUUUAUUUUAGGUAAGAAUUAUACAGCAUACAAAAUAAUUUGGUAAUAUAUAAAGUAGAGUGAAUAAGCAACAUAAGAAACUGGUGUUAACGCAUUUUCACGAAUAUAAGCUUCCAAAUGCUAGCAGCAGGCUCGGUUAUGGCACUAUUUCAGUUACCUCAUUUUUAACCUGCAUCCUCAAGUUAUUUAUACAUGCUGCAUCAAAACUAUAUUUACAUUCAAAAUGAAUAGUACACAGGGAAUGUGUGAAGAGGUAGAGUAACUGUAGGACCAACAUACUAACAUGAUGUUAAUCCUUUGGCUGCUCAACAAAAUUCUAACAACCCUCCAUCAAGGACAAUUACAAAAGUACUGUAAUUGAAAUUGCAGAUGGAUGAAUCAAAGUUAGCCCUCACAUCAAUAACACAUUUUCUUUUAUCACAGUGAUAGAAAAUGUUCGUAGAGAAUCAAAACUAAAAUUUUUAUACCAUGUCUGUAUGAAAAUUUGUUUAUGAAAAAUAUGUUUGUUCCUAGGACUCAACAAUGUCACAUGGCUCAAUUUUUUUGUAUAUAGUAAUAAAAGGAUUUGGGCAUGAAUCUUCACUUUGGGCAUGAAUAAUUACAGUUUCUGAAGUUAUGCAGACAUUUUUUUCAUUAUUCAAAAUAAAGUAAAAUAUUGAAUAAAUACAGUUUGUUCAUGUCGAAACAAGAAAUACUUUUUGUGGAGGUGAUUGAGAGAGAGGUGGUAAUGGUGGUGGCCAUCUGGGGGGAGACGAUGGUGAGGAGUGGAGGGGCCUUGUAGGGGACGGUGGGAAAGCUCACAUAUCAAACUGUCAAGAGCGCCAUGUUUACUUUCGCAAGUAAAAACAAUAUAGGUUAUGUUCGUGCAAAUAUAGUAUAGUGUAUCUGUAAAACCCCUAAACUUCCAAUAUAUAGCAGACUUACCAUUGUUUAUGCACCAAUGUGGCGAUUAGUUUAAACUAAUAUUGAUUCUCUGUAUAGCAAGGCUGUGUUAAAAGCUGUGUUCACUGUGUUAAAAACUCAACUUAGUUUGAUUUAAAGCUAUAUGCAAUGUACUUAUUAAAAGCUUCCAUGAAGCCUUCGGUAUCAAUGUAUAGUCCAUGUGCUAGUGAUGUAUGAUCUAUUGCUGGCACUAUUGAAAGCACCAUACACAGCAUGGAGCAACAGGUGGUUUGUGCACAUAGCAGUGAUGUAGAGAGCAAAGUGCGGUGCUCACUUGUCUGACUGUUGUAAUGGAGGUACCAUACACGAAAAUGCUGUUGAACAGUAAUGCACUCCAUUAAGACUAUUUUACUAAAGCUGUAGAUAUCAUGUAUAGAUAUAAUUCUGGUGAUUGUUGUCAGGGUGUUUUGUUGUUACAGUAAGAUGCACCUUAGGUGUUUGAUAAGACAGAUGAUGUUAAAUCUUCCAAGCUGUAGGUUUAAGAUUGGUAUUCAUAUCAAUAACUAACUAAGUAUUGUUUCUUACUAGGUAAAAUACUCGUUAUUAUACCUAAACAAAUUAUUAAUUUUAGUGAAGAGAUAACUAAUAUUUUCAUAUGUAGAAACAGAGGUUGUAACUUUGGGGAGCUGUUUCAUAUUAAAUACUGUAUCUCGGUAAAACGAGAACAUAUAACUACACCGUAGUCUUAAAACUACAUAACUGUAUGUAUUAGAAAUAAGCUACAUUUUAAAUUGUUAGAAUAAAACAUGUCAUUGAUUACAGUUGUGAUCAAAGACAUUAUGUAAAUAAAACUGACGUUGAACUCAGUGAUGAUUUGUCAAAAGGUCAAGAUUUUCUCAGACAAAAUGCCCUUCAUAAAUUGAACUCAUUUUGAUAGUGAUGCAUAACAUUGCUGCAUAUUAGAUUAUUAGUGAUCAUUCUGGUUACAGCUCGUGUUCAAAGCACCUCUCUUUAGUAGACUAUAUUUGAUUUCAAGGAAAUUCCAGUUACAGACGUGAUAUGUGCAAAUGUUUUUAAUAAUGUAACUAGUCACUGUAUAUAAAUGGCAUUUUUAGCUUAUGAUAAGAAGAGUAAAUAGUAUGCAUUUUUAUAUUGCUCAUUAUAUAUGUUUAGAUAAUUAUUAUUGUACAAAUAUACCUAAAUGUUUAAUACAAACUUCUCAUAACUGUCAGGUUGGUGAUGACUUGAGAUAAUAUUUAUACACAAAUGUUUGUGUAGUUGUGUUUAAUUAAUGAAACUCUCAUUAGAUUUUAUCCAGAUUAAUUGUACCUAUUAUUUCAGUGCAAAUGAGCUUUAAUAACUCUCUUCAUUUUGCCCCUGUUCUGGGCACACCCUAACCCAUGCCCCUGUUCUGGGCACACCCUAACCCAUGCCCCUGUUCUGGGCACACCCUAACCCAUGCCCCCUGUUCUGGGCACACCCUAACCCAUACCCCUCUUCUGGGCACACCCUAACCCAUACCCCUCUUCUGGGCACACCCUAACCCACACCACUCUUCUGGGCACACCCUAACCCAUGCCCUUGUUCUGGGCACACCCUAACCCAUGCCCUUGUUCUGGGCACACCCUAACCCAUGCCCUUGUUCUGGGCACACCCUAACCCAUGCCCUUGUUCUGGGCACACCCUAACCCAUGCCCUUGUUCUGGGCACACCCUAACCCAUGCCCUUGUUCUGGGCACACCCUAACCCAUGCCCUUGUUCUGGGCACACCCUAACCCAUGCCCUUGUUCUGGGCACACCCUAACCCAUGCCCUUGUUCUGGGCACACCCUAACCCAUGCCCUUGUUCUGGGCACACCCUAACCCAUGCCCUUGUUCUGGGCACACCCUAACCCAUGCCCUUGUUCUGGGCACACCCUAUCCCAUGCCCUUGUUCUGGGCACACCCUAACCCAUGCCCUUGUUCUGGGCACACCCUAUCCCAUGCCCUUGUUCUGGGCACACCCUAACCCAUGCCCUUGUUCUGGGCACACCCUAACCCAUGCACCAGUUUUGGACAUUUUGCCCACAGCAAAGUCUGAACAUCCUGGAUACCGUGUCUAUGCCCCGGCCCUUAACAUAGCCUGUUGACACACUAAGAGUAGGCUAGCUAUGCUGUAGAAGUUAUGUUGACACACUAAGAGUAGGCUAGCUAUGCUGUAGUAGUUAUGUUUUGUUAUAAAACGGUGCCAAGUCUGGAAGGUGCUAUAUAGCCUUCUGGGCUCGGCACUUUCUUUUUGUAAUUACUUGGUUCCAAUGAGCUUACUUAAUUUCAAUGUCUUAUCUACCAAAAGACACCUUGUCUUGGGCCACACCACAUGGCUGGGUACACCUUGUUUUGGACUACACCAUAUGGCUGGGUACACCUUGUCUUGGGCCACACCACAUGGCUGGGUACACCUUGUCUUGUACCACACCACAUGGCUGGGUACACCUUGUCUUGUACCACACCACAUGGCUGGGUACACCUUGUCUUGUACCACACCACAUGGCUGGGUACACCUUGUCUUGGGCCACACCACAUGGCUGGGUACACCUUGUCUUGGACCACACCACAUGGCUGGGUACAUCUUGUCUUGGACCACAUCACAUGGCUGGGUACACCUUGUCUUGGACCACACCACAUGGCUGGGUACACCUUGUUUUGGACCACACCACAUGGCUGGGUACACCUUGUCUUGGACCACACUACAUGGCUGGGUACACCUUGUCUUGGACCACACCACAUGGCUGGGUACACCUUGUCUUGGACCACACCACAUGGCUGGGUACACCUUGUCUUGGACCACACCACAUGGCUGGGUACACCUUGUCUUGGACCACACCACAUGGCUGGGUACACCUUGUCUUGGACCACACCACAUGGCUGGGUACACCUUGUCUUGGGCCACACCACAUGGCUGGGUACACCUUGUCUUGGACCACACCACAUGGCUGGGUACACCUUGUCUUGUACCACACCACAUGGCUGGGUACACCUUGUCUUGGGCCACACCACAUGGCUGGGUACACCUUGUCUUGGGCCACACCACAUGGCUGGGUACACCUUGUCUUGUACCACACCACAUGGCUGGGUACACCUUGUCUUGGGCCACACCACAUGGCUGGGUACACCUUGUCUUGGGCCACACCACAUGGCUGGGUACACCUUGUCUUGGACCACACCACAUGGCUAGGUACACAAACUACUGUGAACAACAUAAACAAUCCUAAACAAAUUAAACGAGGAUAUUUAACUUGGAGACAACUGAAACGCCCAUUACGGAUGUUAAUUUUUUAACACGUAAAACAACAAAAAUACAGCACUGUAGUUGCAACACAUUCACAUUUGACCAAAUAUUUGAAAACGUUAGCAUCCACACACUGCACUCAUAGUCCACAAAGUCCCAAACAUGUACUCUAAAUGCAUUUUCUUAGUAUUAAGAAUAUUGUAUAAAAAUUUCCCGUAUAUUUUGUCAAAUACUUGUACACUGGUUAAUUGUAGGAAUCUGUGGUGAAAGAGUUGCAGUAUUUACUGUUUAGUAAUUCUGAGCACUUUCAAAUGCACAAUAUGGUUUUUUAAAUACAUAUUCUGUACACGACUUGUGCACAAUUUGUUCACAACACUGUGCAUCCAAUAUGAUCGGUUAUCCCACAGUUUUGGCAAUAUGUUCAUGUAAUGUUUCUCUAACUUAGCAUUUUAAUGCAUCAUGUGAAAUUCAGAUGUGUAAGAUUAUUAGAACUCUGAUGUUGCUGGUAAAGAUCAAUAUUCAUUAAAUGGUUAGGUAAUCUCAAAGCUCCACUAAGGAAGUUAAUGAAAGUGGUGCUAUUUCUGACCUAAGAAUAGUGAUAAGGCCUGAGCUUGGAGAGAUGGAGCAAGUCCUAAUGAUAAGAAGUAGGUGUAUCUGCAGCGGACUACUUCACCUAUUCUGGCAGAUGUCCAUCUAGAUCUACUAGAGAAAAUCAUUAGAGAAAUGAGUUCUCCCUAAAUCAUUAGGACUUAUUUGAUCUCAACAUAACUAAUCCCUGUCACAGUCCUUAAUGGUCAAUAGGAUGACCAAAGAAAGCACAUUUAGAGAAAUGAUGAGUAAAUUUGACACCACUCGGACACACAUGACACACAACGAACCUCUGCCUCUGAAAAUUGAUUGACUGGACUUGAGCUGUUGAAAAUAAUAGUUUAAGCAGCAGACAGUAAUCCUUCAUAGGCAACUACAGUACUUGGGUUUUGGAGUCAACAUAUCUUUGUAUAGCUUGAAGAAUGUUAAUUUUAAAGAGGUUUGCAGCCCCCAAGGAACCAAAAAAAUUGUCCCAUAAGUACUUAACAAAUAUAGUUUGCUUAUGGUAGACUCGGGAACCUAACGCACAAUUAGCAGAUGCCUAAUGCAUAUGAAUAAUACAACUUUAAAUAAAUAGUAUAUAUUUUUGUUGCUACUACAUGCUCUACAGAUGGAGUAUUACAACUAGGUUACAUUGCAGUUCCACAGGUGAAUACCCUAUUUUAGGCUUCUUUUUUUGAUAAACUGAUAAUAUGAAGAAAUUUAUAUAUACUGAACUUUACUCCCAAUUUUAAUGUUAACCGAGAGUUGCACAUUAUUAAGGUGUACUAAAUAACAUGUUUAAUAUUAAGGGAAGGGCCAUAAGAAGAUAUUAAUCAUUCCAAAUAAUUUUUUAAAUAUACUCAGUAUUGUGUAUAAACUCAAUGGAUUCAUAAAUUAUUAAAUUUAGCACAAUUUAAAAGUAAUGAGGUUUUCGUUUAGUGAUGUUUGAAUGCUCAUGAACACAUUCGUGAGAUUAUAUACAUCUUCAGUUGGCCUGAACCUCUGUCAUACACGAGGGAGUUUCCUCAUUUGUAUCUUAUAUGAAAUAAUGUUGGUCAAUACAUGUGAAAUGUCUAGGUAAACCACCCAAAAUAUCACAGCACACACGUAGUAAACCAGUGGCACCGCAGCACUGUUGCCGAGUCUGAGUAACUCGUGUCACCACUGGCAUCCUUGUGCCUUCUCAACAGCACCUGUGCCUUGUCCGUACCAAAACUCAUGUUCAGGUGGACCUUACUUUUACUACAGUUGCAGCAACAUCUGCUAAAUAUUAGAUUUAAGUUCCUUUUCCUUCAUGUGACAAGAGAAAUAUUAAGGAACCAAUGGUGUAAUAUAUAUACCAGUAUGUAUUUAUUUUCUUAUGCCGUUGUUUGUGAAGACAGAGUUUGUGGUAUUUAAUAAACUGUGUGAUAAUCAAGAUGUUUUAACUAUAAUAUUUAUGGAAAUAGUCUUCUUGUAGAGCUCAAAUUUUGAAAUAUGAGAACUGUCAUUUACAAUUUCAAGUAUUUUAAAUACAGUAACAAAAUCAGUUUCCAUUAUCAUGUGUUAAAUAUACUCAAUUUCUAAAGAAUGUACUUUAACAGUUCCUAUAUUACUUCCAAAUAUUGCUGUCAGAAAAUAUUACUAAGAACUUAUAUGGUGUUUCCCAAUGUUAGUGAUAGGAUGCUGGAUAGGCUUAUUGAAGUCUCCCUAUGCCAACAUGUGACCGUCCUCAGGAUGCAACCCCACAAUAGUGUCCCAACUCCUUGUAUCUAUUUAUCCACAGGUGAACAGGUGCAUCAGGUGUAAGCAAAUGUGCCUAACCGUCUCCGUCCUACAUAAUAAUAGAACCAGGACCCUUCACUUGUGAAUGACUUCACAACUGACAACAGGUUCUGAUAACGAGUUAAAAUGCAAAUUCAAAGCCCAAAUAAAAUAAAGAGCUCUCCAGAAAUAUUUUAGUUAUUUAUAUAUACAGUAUUUUUAUUUUACAAUAAAUUUUUCAGAUAUGUGAUCGUAAGUGACAGAGCAAGUACAGCUUGGACUCUGGAGUCUAAUAAAGCUGUGACUCUGUGCAUCUUACAAUGUGAUUCACAAACUAUUUUUUAAGAUUCAUUAUUGUGCAUAAUGAAACCUAUUUUAUGAAUGAUACGUAUAGGAACAUAUGUAAAUGAAAGUAAUUAUUGUGUACAUGAAUCAAGUUUGUCACACUAGAUUAGUUUUUAUACUUGUAAAUUUGUAAAAUAAAUCUAUGUAAAAA